GACAUUCAUCUUCGAAAGGAAAUGGAGGAAGGAGUUGAAGGUUAAAGACGACCUAUAAAUCUAUAAUCCAUCGGAAAAGGAAUUGAAGGACGACGCGAAGCAAUACCGGACUCAGAUUAGAGGCUGUGCGCCAAAAAUGGAGAAGAAAGCCGGCGAAGAAGGAACAGAGACGCGAAACAGCAUAACAUACUGUGUAACAGGAGGUUCAGGUUUCAUAGGAUCGUGGCUCAUUAAAUCUCUCCUCCACAAGGGCUACAAUGUACAUGCCACCGUUCGCCAUCCCGAAAAGGCACUUCAUUUGUUAAAAUUGUCGGGCCGGCUGAAAUUGUUCAAAGCUGAUCUAAACGAAGAGGGGAGCUUUGACGAAGCAUUUAGAGGCUGUGAUGGAGUAUUCCAUGUAGCCGCAUCAAUGGAUUUCGGUUUACAAGCAAACCACAAUAUUGACAGUUAUGUUCUAGAAAAGGCGAUCAAUCCAGCAAUCAAAGGGACACUAAAUGUUCUUAAAUCUGUUCUGAAAGCGAACUCGGUGAAAAGAGUUGUGUUCACAUCAUCAAUCAGUACAAUGACAGGCAGGUUUCCUUCUGGGAAAUUAAGAUCCGUGGUUGAUGAAUCUAGCGACAUAUCAACACAACAUGUGUGGAAUACUAAGCCAAGUGGCUGGGUGUAUUCUCUCACAAAGGUAUCCGCCGAAGAGGCUGCAUUCAGAUUUUCCAAGGAUAAUGGUAUUGAUUUGGUGUCAGUAAUUUCUCCAACAGUGGCUGGUCAGUUCCUCACUUCUACAGUUCCAUCAAGCAUUCGGGUUCUCCUAUCACCAAUAACAGAGGAUGCAGGCAUGUUUUCAAUACUAAAUGCUGUGAACUCAAGAAUGGGAUCAGUUGCUUUAGUUCAUGUAGAAGAUAUUUGCUCUGCCCACAUCUUCCUUAUGGAGAAUGAUAAAGCAAAAGGACGGUAUCUCUGCUCUGCUCAUAAUUGUUCCAUAUCUGAAUUGAUGCAUCAUAUAAGCAAAGAAUACCCUAUUCCUAAUGCGAAAAGCCAAGUGAUGCGAGAGCAAGAUCUACAGCCCCCAACUAUUUCAUCAAAGAAAUUAAUGGAUCUCGGAUUUACUUUCAAGCACAAUGUCCAAGAAAUCAUACAUGACGCAAUUCAGAACUCUAUACAACAUGGGUUUUUACCUUGUAAACAAUAGUAAGUAUUCCCCCCUGAGUUAUGCACGAAACAAGUAGACGGUUUGCAGAAACAAGAAGCUUUGAUGACUGGUUUGUAUAUAUGAUGAACAAGAAGAAUAACAUGCACAAAGCAAAAAAAAAAAAAAGAAAGUAAAAAACAGGUAAAGUGUUGUUUUUGGAUCUAAAUAUAAAUGUUGCAUGGGAUGUGUUGUAAUGUUUAUGAGGUACUUCAGUGAUUUGGGUAUUUUAAAACUGGCCGAACAUGUAGGAGGCCGCAAGGUUUGCGUACACACCCUCCGAGACCCUACUCGUGUCGAAUCAAACUGGGUUGUUGUU